UAUUAUUAUUUUUUUUUUUUAUGAUCUGCUCAGAAAUGUGGGAGACUGGUGCAUCUGAAGUGUAAAGAAACCCGAAAGCAUUUUUGCCAGGAACAAGCACGCAAAGCUUUCUCGUAUAUCUGGGACAACUUUAAAAAGCGUAAAGGAUGUCAGCGCUGCGGAAAAAAUUUGGGGAUGAUUAUCAGGUGGUGACCACCUCGUCCAGCGGCGGAGGGUUCAACCAGGCCCCCGAGAAGAAAAGAAAACGUCAGCGCUUUGUGGACAAGAACGGCCGGUGUAACGUCCAGCACGGGAACCUGGGAGGAGAAACCAGCCGGUACCUGUCGGACCUGUUCACCACACUCGUGGACCUCAAAUGGCGCUGGAAUCUAUUCAUCUUCAUUCUUACCUACACGGUGGCGUGGCUCUUCAUGGCUUCUAUGUGGUGGGUCAUUGCCUUUAUACGUGGAGACCUGAACCAGGCCCACGAUGACAAGUACACACCGUGCGUGGCCAAUGUGUACAACUUUCCCUCCGCUUUUCUGUUCUUCAUCGAAACUGAGGCCACUAUCGGAUACGGUUACCGCUACAUUACAGACAAGUGCCCGGAAGGCAUCAUUCUCUUCCUCUUCCAGUCCAUCCUAGGCUCCAUAGUGGACGCUUUUCUGAUCGGUUGCAUGUUCAUCAAGAUGUCCCAGCCGAAGAAACGCGCGGAGACGCUGAUGUUCAGCGAGCACGCGGUUAUUUCCAUGCGUGACGGCAAACUGACCCUGAUGUUCCGAGUGGGUAACCUGCGGAACAGCCAUAUGGUCUCCGCGCAAAUACGCUGCAAACUACUCAAAUCCCGUCAGACUCCUGAAGGAGAGUUUUUGCCUCUGGAUCAACUGGAGCUGGACGUUGGUUUCAGUACCGGAGCCGACCAGCUUUUCUUGGUGUCUCCUCUGACAAUCUGCCAUGUGAUCGACUCCAAGAGCCCAUUCUACGACCUUUCGCUCAGGUCCAUGCAAACAGAGCAAUUUGAGAUUGUGGUUAUCCUAGAGGGAAUCGUGGAGACCACCGGUAUGACAUGCCAGGCUCGCACUUCGUAUACGGAGGACGAGGUUCUGUGGGGUCACCGUUUCUUCCCGGUAAUUUCUCUGGAGGAGGGUUUCUUCAAGGUCGACUAUUCGCAGUUUCACGGCACUUUUGAGGUCCCCACACCUCCGCACAGUGUUAAAGAACAGGAGGAGAGUUUGCUCCUGUCCUCCCCUCUGACGGCCCCCUCUUUAUGCCACAGCGCAGGUGGGGUGACGGAGGGCAGCAGCACUCUUGAAGGUCUGGAUCUUCAGAGCGAUGCAGAAACGGGCUCUAUCAAUAUAGCAACCCCUAUGCCCACCACCAAAAUGCCUGCCAAAUUUCAAAAGCUUACGGGACGGGACCCCCCCAUCCGGGACGGCAUGCCCCGCAAGCUUCUGCGCAUGAGCUCGGAGAUCACCUACAACCUGGGUGACCUGCCCGUCAAACUCCAGCGAAUCAGCUCAGCUCCGGGUGUGGCAGAAGAGAGGCUUCAGCCAAUCAGUGCCAUGGAGGACAGACUGGCUCCCAAGCUGGGCUUGGUGGGCGGGACUGAACACAUCAGCCAAUCAGUGACAGAUCUGCCACCGAAACUGCAAAGGUUGGCUGGAGGGGGGGUGGGUGGAAUCGGAAUCGGAGGACGAAUGGAUGGACAUCUGCCUCCCAAACUGAGAAAAAUGAAUUCGGAGAGGUUCACAGGCUUGAGUUUUAAAUGAACUUGACUUCUACAUCUACACGUUUCGCCCAUUUACCUCCUCUGAAAUUGCAAUCUAUACUUUUAGCAAUUUAUAUAUAUGGAUAAAAUAUUAGUUUAAUGCUAAUCCUCUGCACAAUCUGGCAUGUUUUUACCGCAAACAGCAUGAAAGCAGAAUUCAUUCAACACCUAAUUACAGAGAAUAUAACAAUAUUCAACACUAUUUAACAACGAUUCAUGAUAUACCUUUUAUAUUAGCCUGUUAGCCAAACAUGUUUUGAGGGUUUGCCUAUAUUAUGUAUAUCUUAAAAUAGAAUAUCAAUAUAAUUAUCAGAAUGCAGUGUCAGUAUUCACUGAUAAUCCAUGGUAACUAAUGUUUUUAAAGAAGCCAAUGGCUAUAACCUGAGUUAGUCGUUUGGUUUUUUUAAUCAGUGGAUUGGUUAUUGUGGUUCACAAUAACACAUUGAGAGAUUAGUUACUGUGGUCUUUAGACUUAAAGAAAUGGGCGCUGUGCAUUUAUGGAAAUGUACCAUUUUUUGAUGAACCGACUCAGGUUUUUUGUUGGUUUUUUUAUCUAUUGCAUGAUCAAGCCAGAUUAUCUCACGUCAAAAAUUAAGCCUUAAAUAUAAGGAGCCAAAUGUAAAUCGCCAAUCGUAGUUUGGAAAGCUUUUAAAAAGGUUGCCACUUUUAAAGCUUUUCUUAGCCACUGUGGAAGAGUAAGGCUUUCACACAGUAUUUCACAUUUGGCUCCCAAUACUUAACUGACUUUAUAUAUGAUGUUUUGUCAAUGAUUGUUUCCUGCUGUUCUCCAUUUAGCAGUUUAAGCUUAGUUGAAAUGUUCAAAUAUUUUCCUGACCUGAAUGACUUGAGUAUUGCGAUGGGUAAGGUGAAUAAAAGUGGGAGGGGGGAAACCAUCAAAGACUGAAAAGAGCACAAUGGAUGUGUUUAUCUGUUUUAAUAUUCUUUAAAGAUAAGACCUUGUCGACAUUGUUAUGGCUUUGUUUAUCUCUUGUGUUUGAAAACCGAAGCAAUAAGAUUAUAAAUUGCAGUGGAACUUCUGACUGGAAAAAUCUCGUACUUUACGUUAUGUUACCGUUAAAUGGUUUUACAGUUUUCUAAUUGUGUUUAUCUCAAUACAUUCUAUUCUACUUCUGACGAAUAUAAGAAUGGCAGUUGGAGCGGUUUAUAAUACUGUAAUAAAUGUGUUGUGAUGUGUAACAAGUCUAUUAUAAAAGGAAACAACUGAAGGAUAAACCUCCACCUGAACUUUCAUCACAAAAUGAGUCCAAAAAUGAAUCAAAGCUAUGGGUGGAAUUGGCCAUGUUCGACACAUAUAAGCUCAUUGGUAUUGGCAGAGGUCUUCCCCAAAAAUAAAGCAGUUUGAUCUGGUAUGACCC